AUGGAUAUCCACCGCUGCCGUUUCGUGUCCUAUAACCCACAGGCGAUCAAUGCGCUUGCAUUCUCGCACCCUCCAUCCGCAGACCUUGCCGGGCGAGGCGUGCCCACCCUUCGACUUGCGAUCGGCCGUGCCAACGGCGACAUCGAGAUAUGGAACCCGCUGCGCGGCGCAUGGUUCCAGGAGACCGUGCUGCGUGGAGGCAAAGACCGGAGCAUCGAAGGACUCACCUGGACGCUGGACCCCGCCGAGGACGGCCCCGACGGCGCCAAGCUACCGGGCAAACUCCGUUUGUUCAGCAUUGGAUACUCGACCGUGGUCACGGAGUGGGAUCUGGAACAGGGCCGCCCGCUGCGCCAUUCGAGCGGGAACUACGGCGAGAUCUGGUGUUUGGCCGCGCAGCCGCGGUGGCAAGCCACGCGGCGGAGCAAGGAUGGGAAGCUGCAGCCACCGGCCGAGGGCGAGUUCACGGGCCAGCAUCUGGCGGCCGGGUGCGCGGACGGCUCGAUUGUGAUCUUAUCGACGGCCGAUGCCGACCUGAAGUUCCUGCGCUUGGUGCGUCCCUCGACGAAGCGAGCUCGCGUCCUCAGCGUUACCUUCCAGAACCGUCACACUAUUGUCGCCGGUUACGCCGAUAGCUCUAUCCGCCUCUUUGAUAUUCGUACUGGUCAGCAGCUGCGGACGAUCUCGCUUGGAAAGGGUCCAAUGGGUGGCCCGAAGGAGCUUUUGGUCUGGUCGGUCAAGUGUCUGCCGGAUGGAACGAUUGUCUCGGGCGACUCAGCCGGUGAAAUCCGGUUCUGGGAUGCGAAGAACUACUCGCUCAUUCAGCGCAUACAGGGCCACUUGGCCGAUGUGCUUGAUGUGGCUGUCAGCGCCAAUGGAGAUACUGUUGUUAGUGGCGGUGCGGAUCAGAGGACCGUGGUCUACCGCAAGAAAGAGGGCGAAAAGGGUGAUAAGAAAAGUCGAUGGGCAGAGGUUAUGCAUCGACGAUACCAUUCGCACGAUGUCAAGACUUUUGCCGUCUACGAGACUAAAGAUAUCAGCAUCGCCGUGUCUGGAGGUCCCGAUGCCACCCCGAUUGUUUUGCCGCUGCGUGAAUUUGGGAAAGAACACCACCGGAAGCUUUCCAGUCUGCCACAAAUUCCCCAGCUCGCCUCUUCACCUUCAUCCCGGCUGGUGAUGAGCUUCUGGGAUCGAGAGAUUAGCCUUUGGCGGAUCUCUCGCGGACCUACAUCAUUGUAUGAGAACAUUGAAGGCCAGAGGCAUAGAUUGGGCGAAGAGCAUAUCACCUCGGCCAUGUUAUCUGCAGACGGCAAACUCCUCGUUGUCGCCACCACCUCCGAUGUUAAGCUGUUCGCAGUCCGUCGACGAAAGGGUGACGAGAAGGGCGCUCUGCGGAUACAAAAGAUCGACGUCUCUAAAGCUCUCUCCGAGGAAGGCGCGCGUCUUGUGACCAUAUCCCCGGACAGUCGCUGGCUGUGUGUGAUUCGACCCAACAGUGAUGUCUACAUGGCCAAGAUCCAGCCCGCCUCUGUCGCCAGUGAUAAACUCCAAAUAUUGUCGCACCUUCUCAAGCUCAAGAGGGUUGUACGGCACACACGGCAUGAAAAGGCUUCUCACGGGACGUUGGGUGAUUACGAGCGCAUGAUACGCACUGUGGUCUUUUCUGAUGACAGCAAGAUCUUGGCCGCUGGGGAUCUUUCUGGGUGUGUUGACACUUGGGAGCUCAGCACUGCAACCGUAUUCGGUGCUUCGAAUAAGAAGAGCAAGGGAACGGCGGAAUCUGACGACGACUCUUCCGAUGACGAGGACGAGGACGUUGCAAUCGAGGGCGAGCGCUGGCAGAUUGCUGCCGCAGAGUCGCCCAUCCCCCGCACGAAGUCAGGAAUCACCCUGCUGUCAUUCCGUCCGCACAGUUCUCCGAAAAAGGCCCUGAGCAAUGGCGCCGAUCACGCGCACCAGGGUGAGGAUCGACUGAUGGUGCUCACUAGCGAACACCAACUGAUCGAAUUCAAUGCUCUGGAUGGGAAACUGUCCGACUGGUCCCGGCGCAACCCGAAGGCGUAUUUACCUGCAGAAUUCCGGGGCGUGAAAGACCGAGCCAUGGGCUGCAUGUGGGAUCUGUUCGAGGGCCGCGAGCGCCUGUGGUUGUAUGGGACCUCGUGGACCGCCGGCGCCGACGAAGGCAAGGGCUCAGGCCAGCUGGUCAAGGCCUCGAAACGAAAACGCGAUGCUCAGGAAGACGGCGAGACCGAGAACGGACGCAAGAAGCCCAACAGCGGUGCCGGAGACCGCAUCCCGCAAUCCCAGGCGGACAUCCACUUCGGGACCAAGGUCCGCAAGAUUGUCGGAAGCGACGAGUCGCAGGGAGAGUGGAUUUCGCUCGACCAAGAGCGGCCCCGUGUGCCGGGCGAGGACGACGAAGCCUACGAGUACGACGAGGUCUUUGCAGCGACCAACGAAACGAACCUGGCCCGUCUACGCCGUGAGACGGGCGGUACAGGCGAGAACGGUGCUGCUCUGUCAAACGGGACCCCGAAAAAAUCUUUUACCUCUGCCGUCGCUAACGGGCUGUCCGAUACCCCAACGAAGGCACUCGUCCCUGUGACAUCCUCCCAGCCUGCUCGCCGCUGGUGGCACACCUACAAAUACCGUGAUAUCCUCGGUAUCGUGCCCCUCAACACUCUCGCUGAGGAUCCCGCCAGUGGGAACCUCGAGGUGGCUGUGGUCGAGCGGCCCAUGUGGGAUGUCGAGCUACCGGGUCGUUAUGUGAGGGACUAUGAGUGA